UAAAGCAACACAUUAUUUUGUUACUAUUUACUAUCAGUUUGUUUAUUGCGAUUGCAAUACAGUAUAAGAAAGCAGACACUGAUUCUCGUUGACCUAGUUCCUCUGCCGCUGCCGCUGAUUUUCUUUUAUCUCAUCGCCGGAUUUCAACUGAAACCUUUAAACACUUCUCCUUUCCAAUUUACCACUUUUUGUUUUUAUCUUUCUCCAAUCAGAAGAUGCUUCUGAAUUUAGGAUUGAACAUUGCUAUCACAACUCAUUCAAGAUGAAUAGCUCCACAAGCGAUGCUUUGUUUGAUGAUGCAUGUGCGUAUGACAAUGCAGUAAAAUCUACAUGUCAAGAAAAGUAUUCUGAAUUUGCAGAAGUCAUGAGUGAUUACAGGGAUGGACGAAUUGACCCAGGAGGUGUCAAAGCAAGAGUGCACGAGUUAUUUAAAGGCCAUAAACAUUUAAUUUUGGGAAUCAACAACAUCAUGCCAAAGAAUUAUGAAAUCAUACUUCCUCCAUCGGAUGAAAAAGUGAAUCGACAAGAUGCAACAACUUUUCUCAAACAAGUAAAAGUUGUGUUUCAAGAUAAGAUGGAAAAAUAUUAUGAGUUUCUACAAGUCAUACACGAUUACAUGAAUCUAACAAUUGAUAUAUUAGAUGUCAUCGAAAUAGGGAUGAAGCUAUUUAAAGGGCAUGUCGAUUUACUUUCGGGAUUCAACUACUUCUUGCCAGAAAGAUACCAAAUCACAUAUCCAUUGUUGCAUGAUCAUAAACAAGGUCAUCAAUUAGUGAUAAAAGAUGCAUUUCUCAAUGAAGUCAAAGCCGUGUUUCGUGAUAAGUUGGAAAAAUAUUUUGAGUUUUUACAAUUGAUCACGGAUCACAAGGCUCAAGGAAUUGAUACGAGAGGUGUUGUGGCAAUAGUGAAAGAGUUAUUUAAAGAGCAUAGAAAUUUAAUUUUGGGAUUCAAUGCCUUCCUGCCAGAGGAACAUCGAAUCACACUUCCAUUUGAGCUUCAUUGCCAUGAAACUGGGAAAAGAAGAAUUGUAGCAGCUAACUAUGAGCUUUCUUGGGAUGUUCUUGAUAUCAUUUCCAAAUCUCUAGACUUUGAUGAUCUCUUUCAAUUUGCUUGUGUGUGUAAGAAUUGGAGGGCAUUUCAUAAAAUGUAUUGGAGAAAUUUCUUGGCAUUACAAGAACCAUUACUUGUUCAAAAGUCUUCCUUUUUCAAGAAAUCUUUUUCCUUUAUCAGCAUACCUAACCAAAAAGUUUAUCGCUCAAAGAUGAUCAAUUAUUUCUGGCACUUUGCAUAUUCUGGAUCUUCUAGUGGAUAUUUGAUCAUGACAGGGAACAAUAACUCAUUUCUGCUAAUGAAUCCAUUUACGAGAAGAAAGAAGGUAAUCAAUACCUCAACCUUUAAAGUAAAUUUUUCUUAUUUCGCUUACCGUGUCUUGCUUGCUUUUGACAAAGGCUCCAAGGAUUUUGUCUUAGUGGCUUUAUGUAAAAGUUCUAACAGUUUGCAUGUCUAUCAAUCUCGAAAUUUUGGUUGGGUUACUUAUUCAACAAUGGGAUAUCCAUGGAUGAUUGUUGACUUUGUUGUUUUGCACAACACUAUAUAUGUUGUCAACGACAAGGCCAACAUAGGGAUACUCAACUUAAAUUCUGCAAAUAUUAAGUUUUUAGAAAUGAAGUGUAUUCCUAGCGUAACUUCCUUGUCACACCUAAGGUUGGUUAGUUGUGAUGAACAACUUUUUGUGGUUCAUACCAAGCCCGGUGUAGUAUUUAAUGUGUAUAAGAUUGACUUUUCAACCAUGAAGUAUGUCAAGUUGAAAACUUUGGGAGACAUUGCAUUAUUAUAUGCUCCUGGUGGAAACUACUAUGCCUUGAGCAACCCGAACAGAUGGGGUUAUGAAAGCAACUCUGUGUAUGUCAUUGAUCGUUCCUCUACAAAAUGCAGAGUGUAUGUAGGGGAUGAUAACAAGCUGCCAAAGUACAUUAGGCCACAUGAAGAUCUUCAUAUUAUGAGACCCUACUGGUUGGACUGGUCUUUUAGACAUCUUCACUACGAGAUAGAUUAUUCUCUAGCUGACUAAAUGCUUAUUGUACACCAUGUAGCUUUUGAUCUGUGUUUGGAUCUUGUUUCUCACAUUUUCUUUUUGUUUGCCAAUAGUUGAAGUAAACUUAAAAUACUGGUAUCGUUUAUAAUCUGACUAUUACUUUUUUUACCCUA